UCGAGAAAUAAUGCGAGAGAGGGAGAGAGAGCGAGCGCGAGCGCGCGCGAUGUGUUGUGUUGUGUUGUGGGAGGAGAGUUCGCUGACGACAUCCCACCCUAUGAUAAAGCCCUUCUGAGGAGGAGGAGGACAACCUGAGUUCCCUGCAGACCUUUACGCAGAGAGAUACCGGCACCUUCUGGACAUCAUCAUGGAGUUAUAUUCCAAAGACAUGAAGAAACCCAAGCGGCUGUUCGGGAACAUCAAGCUGUUCGUGCUGUGCCACGGCCUGCUGCAGCUCACCCAGCUGCUCUACAGCUCCUACUUCAAGAGCUCCAUCACCACCAUAGAGCGGCGCUUCGGGUUCAGCAGCACCUCCUCCGGAACCCUGUCCUCCCUCCACGAGGUCGGCAACACCAUCCUGAUCGUGUUCGUGAGUUACUUCGGGAGUCGCGUGAACCGUCCGAGGUUCAUCGGUCUGGGCGGCCUUCUGAUGGCGGUCAGCGCCCUGAUGCUGACGCUGCCCCACUUCCUGUACCCCCCCUACGAGUUCGACUCCGUGCUGCACGACCGCCAUGACCUCUGCCGGGCGGCGGCCAACGCCAGCAGCCCGGAGGCGUGCGGGGCGGGCCAGGAGGCCCUGCGGAUCAGCGCCUCCCACCGGGUGUGGCUGCUGAUGGGGGGGGCCCAGCUGCUGUUCGGGGUGGGCUCGGUGCCCAUCCAGCCCUACGGCCUCUCCUACAUCGACGACUUCGCCGGAGCCGCCAACGCACCGCUCUACAUCGCCAUCCUGUUCUCGGUCUCCGUCUUCGGACCUGCGUUCGGCUACCUGCUGGGCUCUGCGGCCCUCCGGGUCUACGUCGACGUGGACAAGACUGGAUCAGCGACCCACCAGGAGCUGACCCCAUACGACCCCCGCUGGGUGGGGGCGUGGUGGCUGGGUCUGCUGGUGUCCUCGUGCUGCCUGGCUCUCACCUCCAUCCCCUACUUCUUCUUCCCCCGCAGCAUGCGCCGGCAGAGCCAGAUGAAUGGGACCGAAGCGACCACAAGACUGGAACCGGAAGAAACCAAGAAACAAAAGUCGUCUUUGUUGGACUUCCUGAAGAUGUUUCCCAGUCUGCUGGUGCAUCUCCUGCUCAGUCCGUUCUUCCUCAUGCUGGUCCUCUCCCAGUGCUGCUUCUCAGCCGUCAUCGCCGGCUUGGCCACCUUCCUCAACAAGUUCCUGGAGCACCAGUACAGCGCCUCGCCCGUGGAGAGCAGCCUGCUCAUUGGUGCGGUGAACCUGCCCUCGCUAGCGGUGGGGAUCUUGGUGGGCGGGAUCAUCAUGAAGAGGGCGGGGCUAUCGCUGAAGGCUAUCCCCCGCUUCUCGGUGGUGGUGCUGUCCCUCUCGGCCCUGCUGCUCGUCCCGGUCUUCUUCAUGGGCUGUUCCUCCCAGGACGUGUUCGGGGUCAACCCCCCGCACGCCACCCCCUCCGGGGCUGUCUGUUACUCUAACUGCUCCUGCCCCGAGGGGGGGUAUAACCCGGUGUGUGGGUCCGACGGGGUGGAGUACGUCUCCCCCUGCAACGCCGGCUGCACCAACUUCACCCGGCACCCCAACAACACCUUCAAGGUCCAGGUGUAUACGAGCUGCAGUUGUGUGGCGGACCGCCAGGCCCAGGCCGUGCCGGGCCACUGCCCCAACAGCUGUCCCCACCUGCUGCUCCCCGUCAUGCUGACCAUCUCAUUUGCUGGGCUGAUCGCCAGCCUCUCCCACAACCCCAUCUACAUGAUGGUGCUCCGAACCGUGCCGCCCGAGGAGAAGUCUUUCGCCAUCGGAAUCCAGUUCAUGCUCAUGAGGGUACUCGCGUGGCUUCCCGCUCCGGCCCUCUUCGGCAUGGCCAUCGACUCGUCCUGCGUCUGGUGGAAGCGCAAGUGUGGCAGCAAGCUGAGCUGUGGUUACUACGACAACAACACCUUGAGGAACAGGUACCUGGGUCUGAUGCUGGCCUUCAAGUCCAUGGGCAUCGUGUUCCUGGUCAUGCUGGGCUGGAAGCUGCGGAGGACCAGAGAGUACAGCCUGGAGAAGACAGAGGAGGGGCCGUUGUAACGCGGACGGCUCCACCGCCACAGCCGUUCCACUGGCUGGUUGUAACACUGGCUGUUGUUACGCUGGCUGUUGUUACGCUGGCUGUUGUUACGCUGGCUGGUGUUACACUGACUGGUGUUACACUGACUGGUGUUCCACUGUCUGUUGCUACACUGGCUGUUGCUACACUGUGCCCCAGUGUGCCCCCUGUUUGGAUGCUGAUUUAAGCUCGUUUCCGCUGCAUUCUAAAGGUCAAAACCCUCUUUUGGAUCAACUGUCCAGACUUAAGCUGCGUUGGUGGAAACGACACAAUCCACGACUCGAACUUUGACCUCAGUGCCAUGACCUCAAAUUACCUCCUGUUUAAAGUAGGAUUUAUUUUUAUGAUGUGUGAUCCUCAAAUUGGGACGUUUUUAGAUAUAUAUAUUUUUAGACAGAUGUUGAGAUGCAGGUGAGUGUCGGGACAGAAUGGGAGCAGACCAGUCCACCACCGUCUAAGUGCCAGUAUAAUGCUCGACUAUGUGAAGGAUUACGUUUGCAUUUUCACAGGACUGAACCGAUUCAGGUGUCUCGUUGCGUACGGGCAACAUUUUUAUGCUUUAGCUUAAUAUUUAAGUUCAUCAUGCAGUCUGUCUCAAAGAACUGAGGCCAAUGUGACCGGAUAUAAUCAUUGUUUGAUCCAUUUAUACACUGUUACUCAAUACAAUAUAUUUACAGUAUCUUACUUCUACAAAGUAGGAUGUUUACUGGCAUCAUGGAAUUAGUUUUUUUUAUUAUAAUUGUGUAUUAUUGAAAUGUGUAUUUUGUUAUUAUAAAAUAGUAUUUUUCCCGGAAAUAAAAAGUUUGAAAUGAAAUGUU